CGGAAAACACGGGAAAGGAAAGAAAGAAGAAAAAAUAAGCCGCCCUUUCAACCUACUACAAUACUCUGGAUAGGCCACAUAUAUCAGGACCUUUUGAAACCUUUGAGCAGACAUCCCGCUUCUUGUCCCCGAAACCAUGGCCGGCCCCAGCCAUCACUACUCUGCUUAUGAUCCGGAAAGCGAUCAGCCCUGGUUUGUCGACGGCGAGGGCAUAGAGCGUCGCGUGAUACAAACCGAUCUGCCACGAUACCUAGGAAACGGAACGACGCUGAGACCGGGUAUGGGACCGGAUAAUCGACCUGGCUACUGGUACAAUGCAUACCGGCCUCUUACAAACCAAAUGAUUGCAUCAUUGAAAGCAGAUUCAGCCAGGUGGCUGACGGAGAAGAGGGAGUCGAGUCGGAAGCGUGAGCCAGAACCUGAAUACUUCCAGUCGCAAGCGUGGAAAGACAGCCGGAGGCGCGCUGCGCCGACCGUCACCGCCGCCGAGCUGCCUGCAACCCAGGAGCCACAUCCCUUGCGAUCGGAACCGCCUCCAAUGGAUUCCCGUUUCGCUGUCCCGGAUGCGUACGGACGUAGCCAUACUGUGCCCCAUCCCGGGAGCCACGGUGGGAACGGUGGACAUGGUGGGCGUCCCGCAUACGGUGGACAUGUUUCACACGAGCCACCGCCGCUCAAUUCCGGAGCUACCAACUACCGCUAUGAACAGCACCGAUACCCGGGCAAUCCGCAGCAGCAGCAGUAUCCUUCGCAUGGCCACCCGCAUGAUUCAGGACCAGUGGAACCACCGUCGGAUCCCUACCGCCCCAGGCAAUACCCUCCGCCGGAUUACCCCGGGCCGCCUAACCCAGCGAGUGCCCAGCAGGUUCCCGUCGAGCCGCCGCAGCGACAACCGCAGCAACCCCAACCGGACCACCCGCAAUACUAUUAUCCACCGGAUUACUACCGCCAACAGCAGCAGUAUUACCCUCCGCGCGCAGGCGACUAGUGCGAUCACCAUCUGGAUAGGGAUUCGUGGAUGUACAGGGGCGGGUACCCGGAAGGGUGUUAGAAGAGGAUAUUCGUUUUUCUUUUUUUCUUUUUCUUUUUCCUUUCACGAUU